AAAUGGUUGGCCCAUCACAUCUGAAACCUCUCCAAUUUCUUUACCAUUUCUCAGUGAAAACCCUCCAUAACCCAAAUCCAAAUUCCAUGAAGAUCAAAACCAUAGUUCAGUUUCACUUCCUCAGACAUUACUGCAGACUUGUGAAUGCACUAACUAAAGCCAAGUCCAAGCUCAUAGAAAUCCUCAAGGAGAACAGACCUGACUACUACAUUGACAGCAUCAACAAGAGCAUAAAGAACAAGAAGAAGAUCAAGAAGCAGAAGAAGCUGUUUGGUUCAAUUAGAGCACACUACAACUGGUGUUCUUCAUAUGUGAGACCCAUGCCUAUGUCUGCUGAGCCUUCUGUAGAUGGGUUCAGUGAUGUCCAUGCCUACUAUGAUUCUUCAUGGAACUCUGUUUUCCCUGAAUGUGAAGAUGGAAUGGAGUCUCAACUAUCAGGUUACCUCAAUUGGCUUGAAGAAAAGGUCCCAGACAGUUCAGCAGUUGAUAUAGAGAUCGAUGAGAUUGAUCGACUUGCUGCUCAGUUUAUCGCGACUUGCCAUGACAAAUUUAGGUUGGAGAAGCAAGAGUCUUACAGGAGAUACCAAGAAAUGAUGGCUAGAAGCAUGUGAGAGUCAUAAUACUCUGUUUCUUCUUGUGUCCAAUUGGUACAUGAUUUCAGAAAUUGGUUUGGUUGUAUUUUAUGGGUUGAGUUUUCUUUUCUUCUUUUCUUGUUUCCCUUGAUGGGUUUGGAAGAACUGUUAUUGUUCUGCAGAAAUUAUGCAGUUUCAGAGUUCAAUGGGUGAAGGAGCUUCUAUGGCCCUUCUUCUCCUUCUUCUUCCUUCUUCCUUCCUCUUCCUCUUCUUUGUUUCCUCUGCUUUUAAGCCAUUGUAACUGUAAACAUAUCAUGGUUGUUUACAAAUAAUUUUGGUGUAUGAUGGUUUCCUAUUUUGCCCCUCUAAUCA